AAGACCGACAAAACAAUCCCGAGAUUGAACUUAACGAAGCCCAAUUCAUAGCCUUAGAAAGAGACAAAAGCCGCGAAAGAACCAAAUCCCUUAAUGAAGCUGAACAAAAAGCCUUCUGUCCCGGGCCCCACUCCUUAACUUAUGGAGCCUGGCAAGAACGACAAGAAGCUGAAGUGGAGAAAAUAACUGAAAUCCAACAAAACCAAGCCCCCGAUAAAGUUGCUGAACUAGAAAACCAAUUAGAGAAAGAAAAGGAGGGAGGAG